AUGUCCGCUCCCGUGGUGAACCGCUGGUUCCCUGCGACUGGUCAAGCUUCCGCCUCGAAUCCGCUGCUUCCCUCCGCUGGUGGUCUUCUCAACCGCCCUCCUCCUUCCCCACCCGACCCGCCUGACCCUUCUUGCUCCCUCCUAGACUUCCCACCUCUCCCACCCUCCCCGUCUGCUCCUUCUCUAGUGACCUCGUUGCAAACUUCUCCACUUGUGGAGACUGUACCGAUGGCCACCAGAGCUGGUCCCUCUUCUACUGGUCUCCUUGGAUCUACACUUACUACUGAUGUUGUUAUGACUCAGGUUGAAGAUUUGGCGUCUACUAUCCCAGUUUCUAGAUUUGAAAAAACUAGAUCUGAAGAUGCUACAGUCCAAAAGUAUACUAUUCUACCUCCUAAAUCUUCUUCACCUCUUCGUACCAAUACUGCCUCUGUCUCUCACAAACCUGCUCCUGUGGUAAACAAGGAAAAAGGAAAAGACUUAGGAUCCGCUCCUCACUCAUCUGUUUCUCAGACUGAUGUUCCCCUUUCAACUGCUAGUAAGAAGAAUUCGCCAGCUCCUCCUACCUAUGCUCAGAAAGCCAGUCGAGUGGUUGAUCGUUCCCUUUCUAGACUUGCUUCUACUACCUAUUCUUCAGAAGGAAAGCCAAGAGUGGCUGUCCCAGAUGCAGUUUUCCAAAGAGGAGCUGCUCUCCACAAAGAAUAUGUCGUUGGUUCAUUUCUUGGAAAAAUGCCGGAUUAUGGUCCAAUCCAAAGUGUUCUUAACUACAUGUGGGGUAAAGGUCACAAGCUGGAAAUUCAUCUACACCAUUUCAAGCAUUCAAUGCUUGUUAGGGUCCCUAAUGAGUUUAUCAGAUCAAAAAUUUUGGAAAAACGUCUUUGGUAUGUUGGUACAUCUAUGUUUCAUGUCUCUCAAUGGGGGUCUUCUGAAACUACCUCUCUGCCUGAGAUUGUCUCCAUCCCUCUUUGGGCUCAUCUUAGUGGUAUUCCUUUUGACCUGCGCACAAAAGAAGGUCUGAGUCUUGCUGCAGGGCUGGUAGGAGAACCUAAAGAGACAGAUGACUACACAAAAAAUAUAACUAGUUUGAAUGUCGCUCAUGUCAAAGUUGAAGUGAAUCUUACCAAACCCUUACCGUCAAGUGGGGAACUGCUUAGAGAUAAUGGAGAGAUCAUAAACGUGGUAAUUGAUUAUCCUUGGGUUCCUCCUUCUUGUACCCAUUGUAAUGAAAUAGGCCACAUUCUCAAAAACUGUAUCAACGCCCCUCCAACGACGUCUCUGCCUCCGGAGACUUCGGAAAAAAGUUCUAAGGCAUCUGUCAGUAAGGAUAAACCUGCAUCUCACAUCAAGACCUCUUCUGUAAAGGUUCCUGAUGCACCGCAGCCUCCUUCUGCCUCGCCAAUUGCCUCGACUUCUGUUACUGAGAUGGCUUGUUCUGCAGAGGAUAAUAGUUUGACCUCAGCAGCGGUUUCAAAAACUACUCAUGUCGAUCCUCACUCUCCUCAACCCAUCUCAUCUCCAACUACUUCUAUUUCCUAUCCUCCCAAAACUCCUCCAGUAAAAAAUCUCUUUCCACCUCAAAUUUCUCCAGAAAAAGCUUUAUUUUCAUCUCCACCUUCGCCAUCAUCUCCUCCUCUUCUAUUCACUUCUAUAGCUUCUAAAGCCUCUUUCAUUUUUGGCUUACCUGCUUGUCAUUCUACCUCUCUUAAUUCCUUAGCCACUAAUAAGCAGCCAUUUUCCACUUUCGCUGCUUCCAAGAAAAAUCUAAACACUUUCUCUCGUCGUCCCCCUAAAUCUUCUCUUUCAUCUUCUGUUCAUCUUGAACCUUCUUUAUUAUCCCCUGAAAAUCCCCAAUCAAAUGGGGAUCUUCCUAAAUCUUCUUAA